UUAGUGCCGUAGACUAACUCAUUCAUCAUUGCUGUUAGUAUUACCACCAUGUCAGUGUUACCAUGUUACAGUGUCAGUACUGCAGUGGUACAGUGUGGCAGUGUUGCGAUGUGAGACGGUGUUACGAUGAGUGUUACACUGUUAAUGCCACAGUGUUACAUCGUCGCUGAUAAUGUUAUAGUAUUAGUGUCAGUGUAACCAUGGUGUAGCGUCAGUACUGCGAUGGUACAGUGUUACACUUUCAGUGUACCAACAGUCGGUCACUGUAUCACUACAUGAUCUCAUUACCUCUCAGUACCUGUUUGUGCUUCAUUCCAUCUCGUGUUUGCUCACCAGCCUAUUGCACGCGCACACACGCACACACACACACACACACACACACACACACACACACACACAAAGACUACAUUCCCUGGCAUUGUCCUUCUGUCCGCUGUUACUCUGUACUCGUGUGCCCCACACCCUGUCCUCCCGAGGCUCUGGGACAUUUAAAGGCACCGUACAGAGAUCUUCAAGGGCAUAAACUCUUAAAAAAGUUGUAGGUAACAAAGCAGUGAGCGUGACGGAUGGCAGCAGCUGGAAAAAUGCCGCCUGUUUAAGGGAAACAUUCUCCUCUGACGUCUGGAACGUUUACUGCUUGAGGACGAGAGAGAGGGAGAGACGCAGACAGGUGUCCAUCUGCCAACCGCCCCCGCCCCCGCCCCCACCCCCCAGCUCGUCGCCGCCACGAAGACACCGGCGAACUUCGACUGCUUUGCGUUUUCGCUUCGUAAACCAUGACUUCCCCCUCCCCCACCCUCACGUCCCCUUCCCCGUGUCCCCCGCCUCCUCCCUCUCUCCCCUCCUCCCCGACGCCUUCGUCCCCUGCGCCCCCCGUCCAGCCGCCUCCUCCCGCGCUGCCCCCCACCGGUGAGGUCAUGAUCCUGGCCUUGGGGCGAAAGAAGCAGAGGCUCCUGCUGUGUCUCUCUGUUCUGCCAAACCUCUUCCUGGCCUUCCUGCAGUCGUCAGACCCGCUGCUCACCCUGUCACCGCCCCAUCGCUGCCGCCUGCCCGCGCCCUCCCGGGCCCCCCAGGUGCUCAACGCAUCCCUGCCUCGGGUGCGGGACAACGCCGGCUGGUCCCAGUGCAAGCAGUACCAGUCUGUGAACGGCUCUCAGGUGGCCUCGGAGGGCUGCGAAGGUGGCUGGGACUACAACGUCACCGAAGGACUGAGGAACAACAUCGUCACCGAGUGGGACCUCGUGUGUGAGCGCUACUGGCUGGUGCCCGUGGAGGAGGUGUGCUUCAUCCUGGGUAUCCUGACAGGCUGCCUGGUCCUCGGAUACACUGCUGACCGGCUGGGCAGGCUGAGGACUCUCCUCGGCUCCCUUGUCCUCUCCGUGGUUCUCGGAGUGCUGGUGUGCAUCUCUCCUUCGCCCUCGGCCUUCAUCGUCACGCGCUUCUGCCUCGCCGCUGCCACCGCCGGUGUCUACCUCACACUCUACAUCACGCGUUUGGAACUCUGCGACCCAUCGCUGCGGCUUCUGGUCACCAUGGCGGCAGGCUUGACGACCGUUGCCGGGGAGCUGCUGUUGCUGGGGGUGGCUCUGGGCUGCCAGUCGUGGAGGGGACUGCUGGGGGUCGGGACGGCGCCCCUCGCUCUGUUCCUCAGCUAUGGCGUGCCGGGGGUGUUCACCGAGUCGCCCCGCUGGCUGCUGCUUUCCGACAGAGCCACGGACCUGCACUCGUUGAGCGAGCGGCGGGAGCGAGAGCGCGACGACGACGGCUUCACAGAGCUGGAGGCGGAGGCGCCGAGCUGCGGUCGCCCCCAUCUGUCCUUCCCUGAACUUCUGCAUAGCAGGAACAUCUGGAAGAACCUGUGUGUACUUGGCUUCACGUCGUUUAUUUCUCAUGGGAUCAACCACUGCUACAGCUCGUUCCGCGGUGACGUGAGGGGCACGGCCCCCGGCUUCUACUGGACGUAUCUGCUGUCUGUGUGCUCCGGCGGCGGAGCCUGGCUGCAGCUCUGGAUUACCGUGGACCGGUGCGGCCGUCGCGGCAUUCUCCUGCUCUGCAUGACCAUGACGGGCCUGGCCUCCCUUAUUCUCCUGGGCCUCAUGGAGUACCUGAGCGAGUCGGCCAUUACCGUGUUUUCCGUGCUCGGGCUGUUCUCCUCCCAAGCCGCAGCCUCCCUGUCCAUCCUCUUUACCGCUGAAGUCAUACCUACAGUGAUUCGGGGCAGCGGCGUCGGCGUCGUUCUGGCCCUCGGCUGCGUCGGCCGUCUCAGCUCGCCCCUCAUGGACCUGCGCAACCACUACGGCUACUUCCUGCACCACGUCGUCUACUCCUCCCUGGCCCUGCUGGCCGUGCUCUCCAUCCUGCUGCUGCCCGAGAGCAAGCGGAAGCCUCUGCCCCAGACGCUGGCCGACGGCGAGCAAUACCGGCGCCCCCCGCUGAGCCGCAGGAGGAGGGACAACGUGCCCUUGCUGGCCACCCCGAACCCAGAGACCUAGCGCGUGGCACACGCGCUGCCCCGCAGCCCAAGCUCUCCUUCCGCACUUCCCACACACGGAUGAGGACCGAGGAGGGAGGGGCUGUGCGGCGACACGGUCUCUCCCCGACACUCCGGAAGAAAAGUCACCUUCCCGUUCCUUUCGUAACGCGGUGCAUCUGCGGCGUGUGUCACCUCCGCACUUUUUUGCGGUGGUGUCAGCAGCCUCCUCUCUUUGGGGAGGGGGGGCGGUCACAAACUGCUGUCUGGCCUUCCUACUCGCAGGGCACGAAUACAAUGGGAAAACCGUGUUUCCAGAUGAGAACGCUACCGAACGUCGCCGGCGUCAAACUCCCUUCUGUUACAGACCUCGUUUUUUGCGUAUGACACGUUAGGCAUUAACUGUUCCUCCAAAACACACAGUAAUGAGCAGCUGAGGGGCAAAACAUGGUCCAGUCGGGGGUAUUAAACAUACGGGCGAUAAAAGGACGCUACUGAACAGGGGCGGAGUGCUGUAGGAGUGCAGGUGGGUACAAACAGUUACUCACAGUAGCCACGAACAGUGCUCCACCCCCCCGGUAGCUGUAGACUCCCUCAACGAACACAUUUGCAGGUAUCUCGAACCCUUUUCGGCCCGCUGUACGGUACGAAUUUGACGCCCCUGCUUUCUCAAACUAGCAGCAUUAGAGCCAUGUAACUGCUGGUGUAAAUCAGUGCCACAGACACACUCUUCUUCAGCACUCGGGGUACCGACCGCCCAUGAACUCUGUGUAGACCACACGGUGCCUGCUGGAUUUAUGAGACUUAAUUAGUUUCCCACCAUAUUUCCGGAAAAGCGUGGUAAGGAGAUCUCCUUGCUGAGACAUGGCACGGUGCCAUAUGGCAUCUUACGUGUGGAAUGCUGGACGCUGGGGAUGGGAUCGGGAGAGGUCAGGGGGCAAUGGUCACUCUCAGUCCCUCCUGCUGGUGUGUGAUGAACGAGUGUGUGUUUCCUCAGCGGGACAGCAGUGUCCGCGAAGCUCCGCGUCCUGCACUUUUUAACCGCGCUGCGGACUGCCAUCGCGAGCUGGAGAUUGCAGUUCCCGGCACCGAUGGUGCCCUUCCUUCCAUCGUCGCCUUUCCUCCUCUGCCGUUUCCUACACGUUCGCAGAUCAUUUUGUUCCCUUGGCAAAAAACUAACCUGCAUGGCAAACUGCGAAAGAGCUCAGCGCUUCGACGCUUUUCCCACACCGUCUAAAGGGCUUGAGUCGGGUCACCCGAAGGGCGUAACUUGGACGUGACUUUCAAUGAAGGACUGAAAGGAUCUCGAGGCGAGAGGGGGAUGGGGACCAGAGGCUGAUGAGUUACCCCCGAACCCCCCACUCCCAGUCCCAGUGGCCUCCUCUCUGUCAUAUUUAUUUGUUUCACUUUGGUGAACGUUGAAAAUAUCACUAAUAAUAGGUUAUGAUGCUAAUAACAUGUAUGACUACAAUAAUUGUUUUAUUAAUUUUAACAAUGAACUGAUGAUGGUAAUGUGAGUAUGUUCAUGAACCUCAUUUAAUUGCAA